AUAAAACUUAUAGCCAAAUCGAAAUGACCUCUGUCUGCAAAUACUAAUCUGUAGUUAUUAAUAAUUUGAGGUUAUGUUGUGCUUUUCGAAUAAUCACAUUAAGCAUUUGACUUAAAUUUAUUCAUAAUGGGUAUAAAAAAAUAUGAAAGUAUUGAUGAAAAUAAUUAUAUUUUUUCUCGAAAAGGCGGUAGAAGUAUUAUUGAACGUCGUCCUUUGUUUUCACCUGAUGGGCAAUCAGUAGCUGUAAUUGUUGAAAACAUAGUGCGAGUAUAUAAUAUUCAAACAGGAGACUGUGUCCGGUCUUUAGAAACUGAAACUAGUAUCAAUGAACUUGUAGCUAUUCAAUUUCCAGAAAAUCAAGAUUAUAAUUUAUAUGGAUGUUCUGACAGAGGAUGUGUUACAACAUGGACUUGGGAACAAGGAGCUGUGCUCAGAGAAAUUAAUCUUAAACUCAAGCAUGAUUUCAUUGUGACAUCUUUCAACAUGCUGAACAAUACAGAUUGUUUUAUAACUGGUUGUAGAUCAAAUAAAAUAUUAUCCCUAUGUGUUUACUCAGUCAAGACGGGGGACCUUUUACAAACAUAUGAUAACAUGAAAAUCCAAAAUAACCCUAUGCUCAGAGUUUCAAUAGGUUAUUGUAAUGAACAAAUAUUUGCAGCUAUUAUAAAUGGAACCACUGAUCUGUACAUACAAAAUUUAUACCAGCCUCAUAUUUAUAAUGUCAUGAAGAGUAUAAAUGUAUUUCGUAUAACGGCUGUAGCUGCACAUCAUAGAGAGAAUGCUAUUGCUAUAGGUGAUGCAAUAGGCAGAGUAGUCAUAUUUAGAGGGUAUUUAUUCAAUAAGAAGAGCAUUGGGCAGGAAGUAUUGCAUUGGCAUUAUUUACCUCCACUCGACUUGUGUUUUUCACUACAAGGAAGCUACCUAUAUUCAGGUGGCAUAGAAAGAGUUUUGGUCAAGUGGACGGCUGGCAAUUUGACAAUGAAAGUAAAUGAGAAAAAUUUCAUACCACGUCUUCCCGGGAAUGUUAGGUUCAUAGUUGUUAAUAAUUCACACAUUGCUAUUACACUUUCCAACAAUUCUAUGGUGAUAGCGUCGGCUGACAUGCGUGUUGUAUGCACGAUACUGGAAUGCGGAGGGCUGUCGUCGGCCGCGCAAGCCAUCGGCACAUCACUGGUCUAUCACCGCAACUUUCGGGCGUUGCUCAUGGGCGGCCGAUCUGGAUGUCUACAGCUGUACUCUCCACAAAGCGAUAAAGUUCUCUAUAAUAUAGACAUAACUAACGUAAAUAGAAUGAUACCAUCCAGGCGGAACAUCCUGCCAAUAGAAAUUGAAGUGACAUGCGUUGCCAUUAGCAGUAACGGUCAAUGGCUAGUCACAUCGGAGUAUAGAAAUGAUGGACGACUUUAUCCCGAAGAGAAACUUAAAUUUUGGGAGUAUCAUAAGAAAAAAACAACACCCUAUCAACUUAAUACUUGCGCUAACCUCUCUCACGGUGGUUGCAUGAUUGUGUCCUUGUCACUGAACGACGAAGGUGAUCUGUGCGUGUCAGCUGGUACCGACCAAAAAUUUAGGAUUUGGAGAAGAGAAACCGUAGAGGACCAGAAAAAAAAUGCUAGAAUAAGUUGGAGUUGUGUCACAGCCUGCUACUAUUCCUCAGGCGUAUCACAAUUUCUUUCUCACGACGUUUUGAAUAAAUACAAACUUGGAGAGCCAUAUAUUAAAGAUCAGGUUGAUGAGUUUCCGCACUUACGCGUAGUAAAAAAAGAUGACAUCAUAAAAAAGGUAUUCAAUAUACAUAAAGAAAAAUUGGUAGAGGAUCCUGAAUCGGUUAUCCCAGGUAUGAAAGUGAGCGGUGAACACAGUAUCGGCGGAGUGGAUAUAUCUCAUGAUGGGUCGUUGAUAGCGGCAUGGUUCGGUUGCAAGCUGACGCUAUGGGACACAUACCUGUGCACUUUACGUACAUCGCUAUCGCAUUUUGCACUUCGUCCUAAAGGUGUACAUGUUCGUUUUGGAAAUAAAGAUGCCGCACAUUAUUUGGUGUGUACAACAAAUAAGUGCUUAGCAGUGUGGAGUCUGUUGUCGUUAACUGUAAAGUGGCUUGUACAAAUACAGCCUACGUGUCUCGCGGCUGAUCCUUUCACAAACAUAAUGGCUGUUACUACUAUAAAUAACGACAUUUAUGUGUUCAAUCCACAUAAUUCUACUCCGAUACUAACACAAAAGAAACUAUUAGAUCCUAAAACUGGUGUAUUUAAACUUUGCACAUUUGGCCAAAGUUCCAGUAAAGCCAUAAGACUUUACGUAAUGAGGAACGACUCUGAAAUCUACAGCAUAGAACCAAAAGAUAAGCAGUCGGGAAAUUUGGAAGCAGUUUCCCAACGGAAUCUGCCUGUGUCGAACUUCAGUUCGUUGCUCGCGCAACAAAGUUUGUCGGGAGUGAGGUCAGCACCCACGAACCAUGAUACAAAAUACAUCGACAAUUCCCAAGCGAACUCUACAGUCGCACAGCUAAUAACGGCAUCACCGCAUAUGGUUCCACCAGUGAGUCUCUUAUCGGUCGCAUUCUUACAAGACAUAUCAGGACAAAGAGAGAUUGAAGAGACUUCUCAUGAACAGGAGGAGGAGAUGGUGAUAGACCCUGUAUCCAGUGACGAUGAAGAUGACAUGCCCAAGCUGAAUGUGCCUGCUGUUACGCAAUUAUGGACCCCAAAUUACGAGGAAGUAAAAACGAAAAAAAUCAAUAAAAUUAUCAACGAACCGUUCUUAGACUUGCACACUACUUCCUCAAUAUUUAAUUUGUAGUUGUAUUUGAAUACAUUUUUUUUGUUAAUAAUCCGUUAAUUUCAAUUUUUUAAUCCAUUCUUCCCCAAUAAAGUACCGCACGUAUUAUUCGACAGUCAAUGAGUCACGUGUGUAAAUACUUUUGUUUGUUAUAAAAAUUUAUAGCCAGCU